AGGUCACAGGGGCGGUGCGGAAGCAUAGUAUGAAUAGGGAUGACCAGGAAGUACGAACCCGGACCGGGAAGGAGGACAGAAGCGGGGACCGGCUAUCUUGGAAAGGCUUGAGCUAACAUCUGGACAUGUGGAAUCCUGGCGCUGGGCCAAAUCCAUAUCCACCCCAAGUUGUGUGCCCAGGAGGUUCCAACCCUGUCUGCCCACCACCUCUCAAUCCUGCCUUUCCCCCUGGCCCCUGUCCUCCCGGAAUUCCCCAGGGAAACCCAGCUUUCCCUCCGUGUCGUCCCCCUUAUCCUGUACCACAACCAGGGUGUCCAGGGUACCAACCCUCAGGUCCCUACCCUCCCCCAUACCCACCACCUGCUCCUGGCAUGUGCCCCGUGAAUCCUCCCACUCCUGGCAUGGUGGGCCCAGGGAUAGUGAUAGACAAGAAGACUCAGAAGAAAAUGAAGAAAGCUCAUAAGAAGUCGCACAAACAUCACAAGCACGGGAAGCACUCCUCCUCCUCCUCCUCCUCCUCCUCUUCCAGCAGUGACUCUGACUGAACGCAGGGCCUGGAGCCUCCUCCCCUCAAGCCUCACCAGCUCCACUCUCCCACCAAGCUUCAGCUGUCAUCUUGUAUUGAGGGCAAUUAGCCCUCUGCUCCCUGCCCCACUCCUACCUGUGCCUUUCCCUGAGGUUCGGUCCUGGCUGUCUAGGGAGAAUGGCAAGAUGGUUGUCAAGGGCUAGCAAAUGCUGCCUUCUCCCUGCUUGAUAUCAUUGUAGCUGACGAGGUCAGUGGGGGAAUUGUCUUUUGAAGAUGGUGAGACCUCUGAGCUAAAUGGGGAGUACCAUGUGUUUUUUUUUUUUUUUCCACUUUCUUUUGUAAUACUUGUGACUUGGACUUGUGACAGUUUGUGAUGAAAACCUCAACUUUUGUAACGGCGCCACAUGAGAGUGAUUUAGUGGUAACUGUGUUCUGGCAGGCUUUAUGGAUCGCAGUAACUGUCCAGCUGCUGGGAAGUGCAGUCCCUUUACUCGAUGAGCUCUUUUGGAACCGGACUUAGUCCUUAGUUCAGUAUGUUAUCUCAGAUGGCUGUAAGUCCAAAUAAAAGCUACUCUCCCAGCUUC